AUGGUUUCCAUGGUGCUGUUGUUCGAUGAGCCUUUGGCAGACACGGCCGGUCAAGCCCGGACAACGCGAAAAUCGUGCCCUGGCAACCGAAGCACAUGGCAACAAGAUCCCGCAAAACAGCGGGAGCGCGGGCGAACCGCAUUCUCCCGAGGUGGACGCGGACACACGCUCCGAGAGCACAAUGGAAGCCUACGUGUCCUCGUAUGCCAAGAACACCGCCCUUCGUAAAGUCCACGAGAGGGAUUGUAUGAGCAGUAAAGCUGUCAUUGGGACAGGGUCCAGACAACUUUUGAAUUUGCCCUUGGGGGCCAAGUUACCGUUGCUUCCGGGGAGUGGAGUUCUCCUAUAUACAACAGAUCUGGGUGAAAAGCUUCAUCAACCAUCUAGUGAGUUCAACCUCACGGACCCCAAUCUUCACCUAUUGAAACUGAAUUACAAAAGCCUUCACGAUCCUUAUUUGAGUAGCUACUACAAGCGUAAAGAUACUCUGAGGAAGUUAAAAAAUCAGGGGCUUAUCACAGAAAAUAACAAGAUUAUAUGCACUUUGAAGGAAUUUAAUGAGUAUAGAGAUUACCUCACCAGUAUCAAAUUAGAUUUUGAAAGAAAAUAUGCCCAAGAACAGCGCUUUCUUGUGAAGCAAUUACUGAAUCUUCAAGAUCAAGGUCUUGCACAGGGCAUAACCCUUUCCGACCUACAAGAGUGGCUCACAAAUGAAUGCAAGAAAAAUAUAAGCAGAAAGUCUCUAAGGGAAAGGUUUUUCAAAAUGAUCCAAACAGAAGAAAAUAUCAAAGACUUGAUAAAAGAACAGAAAUGUUGUGCUGUUCUGGCAAGCGGAACCAAGGAUGGAAGCCCAAAUUCAAAACAGCUGGUACACCAAAUUCAACAAGAGGAACUGAAUAUAAAGGAGAGGUCAGUUUUGAUGCGACUUGAAGAAGAUGUAAAAAGUGAAUUUAAUCUGGAAAAGAGAAGAAGGAAAGCUAAGGAGGAGAGAGCAAGAAAGAGGCAAGAAUCAUUUGAAAGGAAGAUGGACUACCAAAUUCAAAAACUCCAUGAGUUUAUUGAACGACAAGAACAGUAUGAAAGAUGUAGAGGGGAAGGUGGUGAACGUGGAGGUGGUGAACCCAGAGUUAAAAAAGGAGCAUCCAAAAAAUUGAAGAAAACUGAUUCAAGAUGUUUAGAUGACAAGUGGGCCCGACUAUCCAGAGGUGAAUGCGCAAUAAUCCCUGAAGGUCAAUUCGCAGUGGUUCAAGAAAGGAAGCAAAUGCAAGUUCCAACAAAACCAAUGAUGACCUUAGAAGAACUAAACAGAUUGAUUCAAAACAUAAUUGCAUUUGUUGUAGGAGUAUUGACCAGUAUCAUAUAUCCAGCACUUCAAAAGUAUGAAGAAAUUAAGUCAGAUCUCGAUAAAAGUCAAGGUAUCUCUGAGGAUUCAGAUUCCACACAGCAGCAAAUUCCUCAGAUUCCUACCAAAGGGCCUCAAUUCAUCGAUAGUAAAAUUGGUACUGAAAAAAUUGAAUUGUCUGAAAAACAAAUUGGAACUGAACUGCUUGAAAUGUCUGAAAAGGGAAUUGAAACAGAAUUACUGGAAUUAUCUGAAAAGGAAAUUGAAACCGAAUUACUUGGAACGUCUGAUAAAGAAGUUGAAACUGAUUUACUUGAACUGCCUGAAAAAACUAUGAAAUCUAAUUUAAUUGCAUUAUCUGAAAUGGGAAUGGAAACUGAUUUAAUUUCAUUAUUGGAAAAGGAUGUGGAAACUGAUUUACUUGAACUGUCUGACAAGGAAAUUGCAACUGAUUUACUUGAACUGUCUGACAAGGAAAUUGAAACUGAUUUAAUUGAAGAGAUUGGAACUGAGAUGAAAACAAAAGAAAUUCAGAAUUCCGAAAAGGAAGUUGAAACUGAUAUAAUUGAAGUCAAUGAAAAGAAAGUUGGCACUGAAAAGGAAGACUUCCCUAUAAGUGGAGAAUCUGGUGAGAGCCGGAUAUCUGAGGAGAUUGAGGAAUCUGAGUCAGGGGAAAGUGAAGAAUCUGUUGAAAGCCAGGAAUCCACUGAGUGUGAAGACUAUCCUGAGGUUGAAGAGACUGUGGAGCCCCAAGAUUCUGACAAGAGACCAGGAAGCAUUUUAAGCCUAGUUUCUGCCAAAGACCAAGAAGAUACUCAAAGCCCAAUACCUGGUAAAGAUCAAGAUAUUGGUGAAAGCCAAGAAGCUGCCGAAAGCCUGGAAGCUGCCAAAAGCCUGGAAGCUGCCGAAAGCCAGGAAGCUGCCGAAAGCCAGGAAGCUGCCGAAAGCCAGGAAGCUGCCGAAAGCCUGGAAGCUGCCGAAAGCCAGGAAGCUGCCGAAAGCCUGGAAGCUGCCGAAAGCCAGGAAGCUGCCGAAAGCCAGGAAGCUGCCGAAAGCCAGGAAGCUGCCAAAAGCCAGGAAGCUGCCGAAAGCCUGGAAGCUGCCGAAAGCCUGGAAGCUGCCGAAAGCCUGGAAGCUGCUGAAAGCCAAAUGACCAGUGAAGAUCAAGAAACUGCUGAGAGCCAAGGAAUUACUGAAGAAGAAGAAGAGGAAGAAGAAGAAGAAGCAACUGAUGACCAAGAUAUUGCUGAAGGCGGACUUGCCAAAGACCAAAAAAUGUCUGAAAGCCUAAGUAUUGCUGAAGCCCAAGAAGCUGCAGAAGAUCAAGAUCCCACUGAAAGCGAAGGAGCUGCCAAAGAAUCUGUUACUUCCAAAGAUACUGAUGUUGAAAUUCAAGAUGUUGGUGAAAUACAAAGUCUCAUUGAAAGCCGGCAUUCCUCCAUAAGCCAAACUUCUUUAGCAAGUGAAACUCAAGCCAUUAUACACAUACAGGAUGACACAGAAAAGCCAGAUUUAACUGAAAAUAUGUCAACUGGUCAGAUUUCUCCAUCAGAGAUCAGUGACAUUGCUGAUGAAAUGAUCAAUGAUGCCAUUAUAUCUGUUAAUGAAGAUCCCCUAAGUUCACCUAUGAAACUACUGCCCUCACUGAAUUACCUUUGUGAAGUUUUAAGUAAAUGUCAUGAAAAGGUGGAUGUGGAUAAGAGAGAUGUUCUGUCUAUUUGCAAAUCACAAAUACUUCCAGCAGCUGAAAAUGUUUUAAGAGUAAGUCUAGAAAAAUUAACAGCAGAACACCCUCAUCUGGUAUAUAUCCUCACUGGUUUUCCCAGUACACAAAAGACAAAUGUGAAUUCCAGGAAAUUAAUUUUCAGUUGCAAAGUCCAUUGCCUUGCCAUUGAUAUUGUAAAUAAUGUUCUUCAAAAUCUGCAUUGUAUUCUCACGGGUGAUGUUAUUAAUACUAUCUUAAAAUCUAAACCAACAACCUCAGGUUUAUAUGAUAAAGAUAAUGGAACAGUUAAAAAUGACCAGGUUCCUAGUUUGGAAACUAAAGCAACAAGUCCCAAAAGUGAUGAUCUUUGCCUGAAUAAUAUAGAACAAGAGUUUUCCAGGCCAUAUGUACAUAAAAUUUGUUUGAGAACUACGGAGGAACUUCCUAAAAUAACUUCAGAAUUACAAUGCUCCAAAAUAUUCAGCAUUAUUGAAAGCAUGAAUAAGUUUGUAUCAACAAGAGUUGAGGCUGUCACUUCUCCCAAAAUGAAACCAGUUUUUUGCACUGAUUCUCCUGUACCACAAUGUGAAAGCCCAGUAAUAGAUUUCAGUGAGGAUGCUCGGAAAAUAGUAACCCACAUCCUCAAAGCAAUACAUAAUGAAGUAAAAAUAAAAGCAGUCAAAAGACUUAAAUGUGGAACCGAUAUCUCUCUGCUAAAAGAAUCUAUGUUAGUAGAUGAAAUACUUGAUGCAAUUUUGAAUGCUCUUAGUGGUAAACGUCCUGAGGAUUUCACUAAACUAAAAGUGCAGAGAAGAGUAAAGCCUAAAGCAUCAGGUGAGUCCAUGGAGAUCCCAGAAACAAAGCCGAAACCAUCAGCUGGUCCUAUGAAAAUCCCGGAAACAAAGCCGAAACCAUCAGCUGGUCCGAUGAAAAUCCCGGAAACAAAGCCUAAACCAUCAGCUGGUCCUAUGAAAAUCCCAGAAACAAAGCCCAAGUCAUCAGCUGGUCCUGUGAAAAUCCCAGAAACAAAGCCUAAACCAUCAGCCGGUCCUGAGGAGAUCCCAAAAACAAAACCUAAACUGAAAAAAAAACAUAUAAAGACCCCUGAGCAAAUGAUUUCCACACCCAAAAGUGAAACACUUCCUGCUGUCAAUAUUCCUGGAAUGGUUAUUUAUCCACAGAUGGAGGAAGUUAGUGAUAUCUCAUCCACUAAAAGCCCACCAGUACAAAAGCCACAGAUUGACACCAAACCCGAGGAACCAAAGAAAGAUAAAAAACUCCCAAGUACAUCCAGAAGAGAUUCCAAGCUACCAAAUCAACAUGAUCUUAACGAGGAGGAACUUACUUAUAAACCAAAAGAUAUUCCUGAGGGAAGCUUGUUAGAAAAAUUGUUCAAGAAGUCUGAGGGAACUUCAACAUCUGAUCUUUAUCCUGAAAGAAAACUAAAAGAGGUACAAACCCUGCCCCAUAAAUGUUUUACCAAAGACAAAAAAAUACAAACAAAAUAUAAAAAAGACAAACAACCGCAGACAGGCAAAAACCUAAAACACCAAAAAAUAAAGGAUGCACAACAAACAAGCAAAGACACCAGUUUGAUAGACAAAGAAUCAAAACUGCCAGAUAAAGACAGAGAACAAAAAAAAUCCUUAUCUGCAUCUGACACUAAACUAUUACCAGACAAAGAAACAGCAUCUCUACCAGACCAGGAAUCGACAGUAACACUGGACAAGCAAUCAGCUCAUCCAACAGAUAAAGAGUCAGCACUUUUAUUAGAUGAACAAUUGACAAUGCAACUGGAAAAGAAAUCAACAGAUGAGGAAUUGGCAUCAGUGCCAGAAAAAGAGUCAACAUCUUUACCUGAGAAGGAAUCAAUGCUUCUAGCCGAUACAGAAUCUGCUGCAGUAGCAGACGAGGAAUCAAUACCAUUACUAGCCAGGGAAUCAGCUUCACUCACAGAUAGGGAGUCAGCAACACUGACAGACAAGGAGGCAGCAGCAUUACCAGUGAAGGAAUCAGCUCCACCAACAGACAAGGAGUCAGCCAAGGAUUCGGCUCCAGAAAUAGAUAAGGAGUUAGCACCAUCAUCAGCCAAGGAAUUAGCUACAGAGAUAGAUAAGGAGUCAUUGCCAUUACCAGCCGAGGAAUCCAUUCCACCAACAGACAAGGAGUCGGCACUGUUAUCAGCCAAAGUAUCAGCUCCAGAAAUAGAUAAGGAGUUAGCACCAUCAUCAGCCAAGGAAUCAGCUACAGAGAUAGAUAAGGAGUCAGCACCGUUAUCAGCCAAGGAAUCAGCUCGAGAAGUAGAUAAGGAGUUAGCACCAUCAUCAGUCAAGGAAUCCAUUCCACCAACAGACAAGGAGUCGGCACUGUUAUCAGCCAACGAAUCAGCUCCAGAAAUAGAUAAGGAGUUAGCACCAUCAUCAGCCAAGGAAUCGGCUCCAGAAGUAGAUAAGGAGUUAGCACCAUCAUCAGCCAAGGAAUCGGCUCCAGAAGUAGAUAAGGAGUUAGCACCAUCAUCAGCCAAGGAAUCGGCUCCAGAAGUAGAUAAGGAGUUAGCGCCAUCAUCAGCCAAGGAAUCGGCUCCAGAAGUAGAUAAGGAGUUAGCACCAUCACCAGCCAAGGAAUCACCUCCACCAACAGACAAAGAGUUAGCACAGUUACCAACCAAGGAAUCAGCUCUAUCAAUAGACAAGAAUACAGUACCAUUAUCAGCCAAGGAAUCAACUCCACAGACAUAUAAGGAGUCAGCACCAUUACCAGCCAAGGAAUCAGCUCCACCAACAGUCAAGGAAACAGCACCACUAAUGGACAAGGAAUCAGCAUUAAAAGCAGAAAAAGUAUCAGCACAAUUACCAGAAAAGCAAUCAGCUGUGCCACCACCAAGGGAGUCAGAUGUUCUAUUGGAGAAGAGGAAAACAUCUCUAUCCAGUGAAGCAUCAACAGCAAGCAAAGAAGCAAAACAACCACCAGACAAAGAAUCAAAACAACAAAUGGAUAAAGGACUAAAGCAACAAAUAGAGAAAGGAUCAAAACAAAUACCAGACCACGACACAAAAACUCCAAAAGUCAAAGACAAAAGAAGACAUUCAAAAGUGUUAUCUGAGCCACUCCCUGAUCUUAAUCCAGUGCUAAUCAAGGCAGUAUCUCAGGUAAUUGUGGGUCUUAUUUUGGACAGAUUUGGCUUAUCAGAAGGAAAAGAAGCUCGGGAGCAUUUGGGGAAAAAACGACGGAGUUCAGGUGGCAAAUUUGAUCUGGAUAGUUCCAGUUUGGCUUUGCGUUCUCUCAGUAAAAUUGACCCCGAACAGUUUAUUGCUGGUAACUCCACUGGAAGGAUGGCAACUGUUAAGAAAAGGUCUAUGUCUAUCAACUUGUCGCAAACUGAUCUGACGUCAUCUAGGAUUUUACCCCCGAUACCGGCCUCAGAUCAAUCAGAUCCUGUUCAGAAACAAGGGAAAUCUAUGAAUGCUGCAGAAGCAAUAGCAGAUGCAAUUUUAUCAAAUGAGUUACAUAUUGAAUUAAUAUGGAUAAAGUCACCUUCAACCGUAACAAAGUUAGACAAGUUGGUAUCAAACUUAGAUAUCAAUCUUGCCUCUGGUGACAUUGUCACUAAUGUUGUGGAUGCUAUUUUAGACAAUAUUAUUUCUUCAUCAGACAAAAGAACAGGAAGGAAAUCUGUGAGAUCAGCAUCUAAAAAUGCAUCAGUAAAGCAAUCUGGUAAAACUUUAGAAUCUGCUGCAGUUCAGCCCCAGAAUGCACCAGUGCUUUCACAGAACUCAAUGUUGUUAGUAACUGAAGUUGCUGAGGAACUAGUUCGCAACUUAGUGCAAAAGUGCCUUCUGUUUCAAGAUCUACCGACAACUGAUUCUCAGGUUGGAGUUGCUCAACUUUCUAGCCCUCGUAAUACCAAGCCAAGUGAAGCUAUGUUAUUUGGCUCCUCUGUAUCUAAGUCACAGUAUGAGAAGCUCUUCAGCAUCAUAAUGAAAUCAGUUACUGAUAUUUUAGCAGGUAAACUAAAUCUACCAAGUGAAAACGUGAUAUCUUCAACUAAGGUUAUUUCCAAGCAUGAAAUGUCAAAAACUGCAAUGGACACUUUUGAUUUUAAACCUGAUAAUGGAUUUAUAAUGGAAAAGCCAGCACCCACUACUUCAGUAGCUGUAAAAGGAAAAUCUCGGCUGUUAGAAGAAACCAGCUUAAAUUCAAGUGUCAUGAAUCAUUCAGGAAACACUUUCAUGGGACAAGAAACUAUUAUUAAAAAGUUGCCGAAGAAGCGCAGAUUAUCUUUAAGUAAGAUUUCAAUUAGUCCCACUAAAUCAUCCUCAUUAGAAAGUCAAAAAUUAGGAAAGAGGCCAGAACACUUACCAGAAGCAAUUUCAAGAUCUAAAAAGCCUGCUACAACAAAAAAGAAUAUUGCUAACAAAAAACCUUCAGUUAGUGAAAGUGUGGGUAGACUACCAUUUUUCCACAAAGUAAAAGAAAUAAAAAUAAUAAAGGAUGGGAAAUCAGAAAAAAUUGCGAUUAAAGGUAAACCAGUUCGGAAGCCUACCCACCUUGAUAAUAAACAUGUUCUGGAAACACUUGAUAAACCUGCUCUGCAUCCAUCUGACUCAAAAAAUGAUAAACCAAUUCAAGAAUCAUUUGACCUUCUUGAUGAAAAACUUUUAAAAUUACUUACAGCUCAAAUUAAAUGUGAGAUUUCAGAAAUGGUUAUGACCCAAAAAAAAGCAGAUGUUGAAACUUCAGAGACAUCAGAAACUGGUAAUAAGUCUCAUAUCAUUAGUGAUUCUUGCCUUGAACUAGUUCCAGAAGAUACUUCAAUAAAUGUUGUAGAUCAUGUCAAAAAAUUAAUUGGCCUUUCACUGCAUUCGCUAGAACAUAAGUCUGAGACUGAGAAACAGCAAAUAUGUGCGAAUAAAUCAACAGAUUUGACAAAUACUGCUGGCGAAUUCACAGAAUGUUUUGUAAAACUGUUCAACGAAAUGACAAGCUCAGUGUCUCAGUCAUGUAAGUUAAGCCUUACCUCUCCAGAUUUUUUAAAUGCUAUAUAUAAUGAAAUUAAAAAAUCGUUGGUGUCCCAUACAGAACAAAAUUCUGGAUCAGGUCAAGUAGCUAAACACACCAAAGUACCAAGUGAAAGAAAAAGACACAUUAAUAAACUUGGUGAACAGGUCACAAACCAGCUUCAUGAAAUAUUGCGAACAAAAACUGAGAUGCUAGCCUCGCGUUCUAGAGAUGUAACUGAUCUGAAGACAACAGAGACAGCAAAACUUAUGAAGAAAGAACUCAUAAAGUUUGCUUUACAGCAAUUAUUAAAUGAUGGAAAGUUUUCACAGGAAAUUGGAAUCAUUGUUGAUGAAGAAAGAAAAGUAAUUUCACCUCCAGAGAGGAAUCUUAAGUCCAUUUACACCCCAGAUGUUUUGAAAGAUAUUGUUUCAAAAAUUAUUGAUGUUUUACUUGAGAAGGUAGAUUCCACAUUAAGCUUUGUUCCUCUUAAAAACGAAGUAAGUGAUGUUUCUCAAGAACUUGUCAAUGCCAUUGUUGAAGAGGUAGAAAGGAAAUACACUUGUACAGAUUCAUUGGAAGUUGGUUCGAGCAUAGAUGAAACUUUGGCUGAACCAGCCACAAAGAAGACAGAUCAAAUCAUAUUUUUUGCCAGUAUGCUUACUUCACUUAAUUUCGUAAGCAAUGUUACUGAACAAGUCAAGAAAAUUCUUUCUCUGAAACCACUAAUGCAAAAUCAGAUUGUUCUUAAAAAGCCUUUGAAAUGUACAGAAAAAUGCACAGAAAUCGCACCUGAGCCCAUUUCUUCAUAUUCUGAUUUAAUUUCAGUUGACCUUGUCAGAUUUGUUUUGGAACAAAUUCAAAUAAUCAUUACUUGUUCUGUAUCCUCAAAUGAAAUGCAAUCACAAAUAACAAGCUGUGGAAUGUCAAUUGUUGAUACUAGUUCAAAGAACACUGCUGCUCCAAAAAUCUGUAGUGUGCAGUCAACUAGCAGCUCAAAAGUAAGUAAAAGGAGAAUAUCAUUCAGCCUACCACAAGAAUCAAUUUGUGAAAAAAUAUAUUCAGAUAGCAUUUCACCAGCCUUUGAUAGUGUCGCUGAAGAAGCACCAGAAGAUGUGUGUUGCUAUAGGCCAGGCACUUCUGGCUUAACGAAAAUGUCUGAAGAAUUGGUUGAAAAUAUAGUUGAUACAGCAUUCCUUUCAGAGUCAUCAAAUGAAGAAACAGGAGUAUGUCCAUUUGUUAGAACAUCUGGUGCAUUUGACGAAGAUAUGGCAAGUAAAUUGGUACAAUUCAUUAGAGAUGAAAAAAAGAAAUGUCAAGUUUCACAUACUGUGUUGCCUGAAUCUCCUGAAUCAGAUCCCAGAGUGGAAAAACUUGCUUCUGAAACAAUUGAAGAAAUCGGAUCACAUUUCUUCCUUCCACAUGUUGUUUCAGAUGAAAGACAAAUCUGUGGGGAAGAAAAGGCAAUUUGUAAGGGUCAUAAACAUACCUGUUCAGAACAUCAUCUGGCUGAAAAUAUUAAUGUAGUAUUACAACCCAAUGUCUUGAAAUCUAUCACUGUAAAGCAGAGUGUGUAUCAAAGCCAUUUAGAUCUGUUAUGCAAGUUGAGAGAAGCUGAUGCUUUUAAAAAGGAUACCACAAGGCAAGAACUGCAGGAUUUCUUCCUUGAGCCAGUAACUAAAGAGAACAUACAGAAAAUUGCAGAAUGCAAAAAACACACCUCAUUUAUUGACCAGCAGCAAUCAGAAUGGAUACCUUUGGAAGAGAAGAAAAGUGAGGAAAAUGUGUAUACAGCUGAUUAUCUUGACUAUGAUUCAGUGUGUCCAUUAACACAAAAAGAGACUGUUGUAUCAUGGAUCCCAACACCACCAGUUUGUGAUGAAAAACAUAAUGAAAGUUUUAUUUCAGUUGAUGAUCUAUAUAAAAUAUUAUGUAGGGAAGGAAAGGAAAGAGAGAAAAAUUUGUCACGAGUUUCAGAUCCAAUUUUCCAAGCUCCAAUGAUUGAAACAACUGCAAGAACAAAAUCGUCUCAAUUAAAACUGUUCUCAGAACCAAUUAUGUCAAAUACCUUGCAAGAAUUAGAAAGCAGUGUUAAAUCACCAUGUGUUUGCCCAUUUGAACCUAUGGGUACUAAUAGCUAUAAGUUUCCUGACGAGCAGAGAAUCUCAUCACAACACUCAGACAAAGAGAGUAUAUGUCCACUAUCUGCCUUUGUGACAUUACCUACAAAAGAAAUAGAUACAUAUUCUUCCACCUGCACAUUCCCACUACAUUUUAAAGACAGAAAGUUUUCUGUUUCUUCAACUUCAACUGGAAGCAGUGAAGCAGAAAGCCUUGUUCAAGCUGCUCUGUAUAAUAUGUGGGGUGCUAUGUCUAAUGAAAAACAACUUGGUUCAGAGUCACAUGAACAUGAUAAACCACACUCAAGUGAAAGUUCUAUUGCACUGGAUGAUUUGUCUGAAGAACUAUUAACAGAUGCAUUGUUUUCCAUUUUCUCAUCUGUGACAGUUUUGCAGGAAUCAUCGGACAAAUCAAGUCUAUCAUCUUCCCAGUUAAAUUUAUUUUCAGAAAAUAUUGUUUCAGAUAUUAUGCAAGGAUUAAAGCAAAGCCCUGAGUCUUCAGUGUCCUCUCUACAUUUACCUUCAUCCAGUGAAUCAUCUGGAAAAGACAGUAGUCCAGGGACAGCUCUUCAUAAAGAUAAUUUAAGGAAACUAGCACCAAGCAAGCCACGAUUUUCUGGAGAAAUUAGCUAUCAUGGUAAAACUGCACAAAAAAUUACAGAAAAAGAGCUUUCCUCAUCUUCCACUUCAGCAGAUUCAACUGUAAGCAGAGAUGCAGAUCGCUUAGUUGAAACGGUUCUAUGUAACAUUUCAAGAAAGGAUAAUGAGGACCUAUGUAGCUCUGAACUCAUUCAACAGGAAAGAGCAACUCAGCUUGAAGUUUCUAGUGCAAGUUCCCUUUCAUUAAAUGAAUUUGCUGGAGGGUUCUCAAAAGAGGAUUUUGCUGCUAUUUAUUCUUAUGUUACAGAUAUGCUUUCAAGUAAAUCACUCAGUCAUCCAUCUCAAGGAGGAAGUCAGUCUCAGACAAGUUUUCUUGCAGAAGAAGUUGUAGCAGAUAUUAUGCAAGAUUUACCUGAAGCACCUAGUUACUUCCCAACUAGCCCUCCUUUAGAUUAUGCCAGUUCAAGGAAGUUAAACAUGGGUAUUGCAGCAGAACAGCCAAUUCCCACAAAAGAAAUCUCAAUCCUUAAUAUCACUGAAGGAAUACAGCUGUCUGACUCUUCUUCUGCAGAGGAGACAUCACAAUCAACAUCAACUGAAGAAGAGGAUAUAGUUCAUAUUGCUUUGAAUGAUUUGGCAAUUACAGAGCUUUUGGAAACUGAGGAUGCAAUACCUGUGAGGAUUGUACCACGUAAAGGAUUAACAGAAUUCAACAUACAUCCAGAGUUAAUCUCAGAACAUUUGUCCGUAAUUUCAUUCAAAACUGAACCACUUGAGGUACUUCAGCAGAUGACUUUGCUUCAAACUGGUCACAGUUUAGAUGAAAUUCGUAAAGCUUCAAUAGACAGUAAGUCACAGCCAAUAUCACCCAUGUCAAGGCGUGUCAGUUUUGUGAAAUCAGGAGGAUCACCGAGAAGGGGCUCUUUGAAUGAGCAAGGUAGAUUGGACGUAAAACGAAAUGAGGUGAUCGCCAGAAACUCAUUUAUAAGUUUGCACAAACCUGAUAUUUCUAAAGUAGAACUUUUAAAAGAUGUGACAACAACUAAGGACUUAAUAAUACGCCUGUUAGUCCAUGGUGUUGAACAAGAUCCAGAUCUUGACUAUGAGAAUGAGGGUACAGAUGAAGAGAGAGAAAUUCAAAGCAUAAACAAUUUUGAGAAUACAGGUUUUGGAAAGUUUGCUGUCGACAUAGCAGAAGAGCCAUCAAUUUCCAAGGAAAGUACUAACAAGACAGAUAGUAUUAUAAAAGAUGAAAUUCCCAACUUAUUAUUGGAAGGGUUGGGCAGUAUUGGUGACAAAACGAUUAAUGACUUAUUAGUUGAAAAACUGCGAUACAACAUUGCACGUUCUGAAAGAAGACGAAGUUUUGAAGCUUUCAUGGAACUUCUGCACAGUAGAUCAGAGUAUGAACCUGGAAAUGAACUAGUAUCACUGCAGUACUGGUAUUCCCUACACAAUGGUGCCACUAGUGGAACAGGAAGAGAAAUAUCUGCAGAAGGUCAUAUUCCGCAUCCCCCGCAAGAAAAGAAACCAAAGGCAAAAGAUAGCAGUCGUGUACAUUUUGACUUUAAGCCAUUUAUUUCUUCUUCAAAGAAUUUCAGCAUGACCACAGCAGAACUGAAAGGAAGAGAAACUAAACAUCAAUCAAAGUCAUCAACCAAAUAAAGUUCAGAAAUUUAAUAAAGAUGGUUUAAUAUCAACAGAAUUUACAGCUAUAUUACAGAAGUAUAGUAUCAAAUAAAGCUAGUCAUCUCAGAGAACUAUAUUACUUCCUAUAUUAUUUUAAGCAUUAGUGUUGUAAAUAAACAGAAUUAUGAGAUGUUAGGAUUACAGAUGUUGCCUAUUCUCCUCAUGAUGCUACAUGCCAAGAAAAUAGGUAAAUAAGUUUCAAUUUAUUAUUUCUGAUGUGGUGGUAUACCACAUUGGCUGUUAGGUUUCGUUAGCAGUAUUCUAAAUUAUAAGAGGACAGCACUGGUAGUGUCUUAUUUCAUCCUGCCUUUUAAUUCUGAGAAGGAAUUCUCUGUGAUGACUGACUAAUGCCAUUCAUUAUCCGUUCAGAUGAUAUAUUUUGGAUUUUGUACAGACAUAACAAGAAUUAUAGAAGGAAUAUUUUUUGUAAACAACCAAAUACUAGAGAAAGAAAGACAAGCAAGGUUCACUCAAAGCUGCAAUGGUUAGUCCUGACGAAGGGUCUCAGCCUGAAACAUCAACUGUACUUCUUCCUAUAGAUGCUGCCUGGCCUGCUGCGUUCCACCAGCAUUUUGUGUGUGUUGCAGAGAUAUGAUCAACUUAUUUUUGAUAGGGUCAAGCAUUUGAGCUGUGAAUCCAGCACAAAAUACUUACCUAUCCAAAUGCUUUGACCCUUUGUACUAGUUAUGGCCCAUGAUCAAACCCUAAAAAUACAUUCAUCUCUAGAAUUCCAUUCCAUUCUUAUCCACAUCUGAUACUCAAAGAAAGUCAGAAUGGUGUGAAAUAAUAGAAGGCAGGAUGAUUCAGGCAGUUGUAAUACUACUGCCCAGUAAUUUCAUGGAGUUUUUGUGCACUGAAUUUAAUACCACCACCUAUUCAGGUCCUCUGCAAAAAAAAAACAACAAAAAUUGCAUUAGAAGACGUUUGAGCUACUUUAAAAGAUUUAUACCUUUAAAUAGUAUCAGUGCAGCAGAAGCCACUCUGCUAAUUAUUAAUUUUAUUGCCCCAGUUAAUAAUUAAGUGUUUUAAGAAAAUGAAGUACUGACACAGCACAUUGUAGAUAUUUUCAAAAGAAAGUGAUGUAAUUUUUAUAUGUAAACAAAAUGCAAGGGAAAGAAAGUCAUAGAGUGUUAACAGUUAAAGCUGCAACAAAUUUCCAUUUGACAGAGGCAUCAUACUCUGCAUACUGAAUCUUACAGAAACAACAAAUACUAUGGCUGCCAGGCAAGAUAGAGAGGCUUUAGUGGUUAGGAGAGAGCUCUACAAUUCACUCUGUGGGACAUAGAAGUCUUUGUACUAAGUAUGGGCUGAGAAGGGGUCUCUGUGUACUAGGCCAGGUUUCAGUGGUGCAAGGGAGCUGCCAGGGCGACCAAUUGAAGAGCAAUGAAUGUCUGGGGAUGUCAGCCAGCAGUGACAUCCCUCAAGCUACGAAGUAAAUCUGGGGGGAGAAGAUUGUGUCAUUAUUAAGUGGGCCAAAGCCUGCUUUCUAGGCUUCUUGUAUAAAAAGCAAUAGGAUAACUGCCUAACACUGAUUAUUAUCAGAACCAGGUUUAUUAUCACUGUCUUAUAUGAAAUUAGUUGUUUUGCAUACGUUUAUCAAAGCACAUCAACUUUGCAACAGUUUAAUCUUGUGAAAAGAAAACACAAUGAUCUUUCCAGACUGAAUUAAAAGGGAAUGACUACAGUAUCAACUUUUACAAAUUUACAACCAGUGAAGAUAAAGACCAAUGCACCAUGCAGAGUGCUCAGAUGGCAGUGUGCUCAGAUGUGGCUUAUACAGGGCCAAAAAAAUGUGUUAUUGACCUUUUCAAACAUAUUUGUUAGUAUUGCAAGACCCUGCUGGACAUUAAGAGCUUAAAUUACUGCAGCAUAUCCCAUCAGAGAGUUGCUCAUUGGCUGAGAAACUGAAGGAGCUGGACUUGAUGCAGAUCAGGCUGCUGCCUUCGUUGGAGAGUUAGUGCAUGAAGAUGGUGUGCAGUCGAGGCAAGUAAUCAUCUUAGUGACUUUUCUUGUGCUUGCAAGACCCUGCUGGACAUUGUUGAUGUGGAAUGCUGCAAGUUUGAUUCACGGAUUUAUUGGUGGGUGGCAGGUGAGUUGCAGGGCCUCGGUUGUAGCAAUAUGAGGCAUCAUAGCAAUAUGAGGUGUUGUCUGUUUACAGCUGCCCAGGAAAGAGGUGCUGGAGUCAGUGUGCUCCACUGGAGCACUGGGGUGAACAACUCGGUGUAUGUACUGCUCAGCAGAAGACAAGCCAUACUCUGUCGACAACAGACUACUAUAACAUUCAUAGACUCAGUGUCUUGGACUAUAUUUUGUUUUUGUGUGUCUGUAUUUUACUAAUAUCUGAGACAUCUUAUUCCUUGUGCUGUGUAUGAGUGCUGAUACUAUGCUUUUCACAUUAAACCUGAAAUAAUGCUGUUUCAUUUGGCAGUAUUCAACGGUAUUUAUAUCUGGUUGAUUGGCCAUUAAAAUUCAACUUUAAGAAUUCCAUCCUUCAGAGCCCUCUCUCAUCCCCUUAUGUUAUUGUACUAAAGUGAAACCUCUAAUAUAAAAA